UGCGCAAAUGAAAAUUCCACCACCUACCAUUUUCCCCAUUGCGCACGCACCGUGAUCAACAUCAUGAAGUGUAACCAAACAUUCUUCGGCUGCUUGAAACUGCAGACUGCGCGACCAUGCCUUUCAUAGACGUGGAAAACCUAACAGACUUGGAAAAGGCCAAAAUGGAAGCAGAACAGAAAAGAAAAGAAGUCAAACUUGAACGAGCAUUGGUCUCUAAAUGCUGUACUGAGUUCAUGGACCACGUCCAGGGUUUGGUUGAGGAGGACACGCUCGUCAAAGGCAUCGCAGAGGACAAAAACCCCUUUAAGGAGCUCAAAGGUGGAUGUGUUGUUUGCUAGAGUUGGAUGGAGGAGGAGCCGCCGCCUUCCUUUUCACCCCCUGCGUCGUCUGUAUAAUAGUGCCCUUCGGAGUCCCUGCCGGUACGUCUUGAGUGCAAGCAGGAUCCAUUAGAAACAUGGAUUGACAUGAAAAUGCAUCAUCGUUGAAGGUUCUUAAUCACGCCUUUGUAAAAAACAAAUGACGUCCCUCCGCCCUUUCGGAUUGUACCCUCGUGCACCCUUUCCUUUCAAAGUGAGAGAAUAAAUCGCAAG